GAGAUAGGACUGAGCCAAAGAUGUGAGGGUGUGUGUCUGUGGGUCUAUGUGUCUGUCCAUUUGUUUGCAUGCCUCUAGGGUUGCCUGCAUGUGUCUGUGUCAGUGUGUGUCUACCUGUGUGUAUGUAUGUGAGCAUGUGUCUUGAUUUGUCCACGUGUGACUGUAUGUAUUUGUGUGUUGGAGGGGUAGUGCACAGAGAAGCCCUUGCAGGUGGUAGAUCACUGUUCAGCAUGUUGUGGGGCUGGACUCCUGGCCAUGGCUCUUUCUAGAAGGAGCCUUGUAGGGCUUUCAGAGGCCAGUGCCCUUGUGAAGUGUUCUGUACACUCCUUGGCUGCACCCGGCACCAGCUUGCUCACCUUGGCCCUCAGCGCGGACAGAAAUUCGCUGUUGCUGUGGGUUGCGAAAGACUGUUUGUGUGCAGGAAGCCUGGUGAUGAAUGGAAAUGUAUGCGCGUGCCUGUGGGGUCAGUGGGACGGCCUGGCCCUGGGGCCCUGCCCCAUUCUCCAAGCAAUUACCCAGUGCUCGCUGUCCCGGAAGUCCCACCUGCUGACUACCAAGUGAUGUUAGAUUAGAAAGAAUUCCACUCACCUGCCGGGUCCGACUGAUCGCACACCUGCCAGCUCCUCCUGCCAGGCUGGCUCUGGGAAGUGGGUGAAAGGAGAUGCCAAGGCCAACGCGUGGGCCCUGGCCACCUCCCAGGGGGUGAUGCUCCUCUGACACCUGGUGUGGAGGCAAGAGGGACGGUUCCAGCCGCCCAGGAAAGGUGGCCGGGUUGCCGGGGAGGCUGGCAGCUUCAUUCUGUCCCCUCCCUCCCCAGGCAGCCCAGGCACUGGUAGCCGUGGCGGCGAGGCCGUGGCAGCGUUCCCAGCAGAGGAUGCCCCAGGCCCUGGAGCGCACUGAGGGCUGCUGGGCCUGGGUGGUCCUGCUGGCCGCCGUGGUGGCCCAGGGCCUCACCCUGGGUUUCCCCACGUGUAUCGGCAUCUUCUUCACUGAGCUACAGCGGGAGUUCCAGGCCAACAACAGCGAGACCUCCUGGUUCCCCUCCAUCCUGACGGCCAUGCUCCACGCGGGGGGCCUGGGCUUGUGUUUCAGUUUCCAGUCGACCAUCACCGUAUUGGGCUUCUAUUUCACCCGCCGGCGGGCGCUGGCCAACGCUGUGGCUUCGGUGGGCGUCUCCCUGGGCAUCACACUCUGGCCGCUGCUGGCCCGCCACCUCCUGGAGGAACUGGGCUGGAGGGGCACCUUCCUGGUCUUCGGGGGGGUUUUCCUCCACUGCUGCGUCUGCGGCGCCAUCCUGAGGCCCGUGGCCCCCAGCGUGGCCCCUGCACCCAGAAAAGGCCCUGCUGUGCCCUCCAAGACACCGGCGCCCGGCUGCCUGGCAGCAUGUGGCCGGGCCGUCCUGCGCCACCUGGCCUUCGACAUCCUGUGGCACAACGCCGGCUACCGCGUGUUCACGCUGGGCGUCACGUGGAUGAUCCUCGGUUUCCCGCUGCCACAAGUCUUCCUGGUGCCAUUCGCCAUGCGGCACGGGGUCGACGAGCACAAGGCCGCCCUGCUCAUCUCCAUCAUCGGCUUUAGCAACAUCUUCCUGCGGCCCAUGGCCGGGCUGGUGGCCGGCCGCCAGAACUUCGCCAGAUACCGCAAGUACCUCUUCAGCCUCGCAGUUCUGCUCAACGGGCUCACCAACCUGGUGUGCACGGUGUCGGCCAACUUCCGAGUGCUGGUGGGCUACUGCCUGGUGUACAGCGUGUCCAUGAGCGUGGUUGGCGCCCUCUUCUUCCAGGUCCUCAUGGACGUGGUCCCCAUGGAUCGGUUCUCCAGGGCCCUGGGCCUCUGCACCAUCCUGGAGAGCAUCUCCAUCCUCAUCUCCCCGCCAAUGGCUGGGUUUGUCCUGGACAACACUGACAGCAACUUCAGCUACGUCUUCUACAUGUCUAGCUUCUUCCUGGUCUCCGCCGCCCUCUUCAUGGGUGGCGGCUUCUGUGCGCUUCAGAAGAAGGAGGGGCAGGGCCGGCCGGCCGAGGCGGAAGCAGCCGACCCCGAGCCGGCCCCACUGCGGGCCCUCAGCAGGGAGGACACAGGCAGUUCGGAGAAGCGGCCGUGCACCGAAGAAAUCAUGUAUGUGACCAGCGUCUGAGCCCCAGGAUCCCAUGUGUGACCGGCGUCUGAGCCCCGAGGUCAGUGAGCGAACACUGCCUCCGCCCAGGAACGCGAUGUCCUGCUGUUUCACCGGGUGACGCCUGAACCAAAGGGCUGGCCGGCCCGCCCCGCACGUCGGGACUCAGCCAGGGGCUGGGGCCUUGGAGGCUGGCCUCCGAAGACUCAGGGUUCCUUCCAACGAGCAGAAUCCAGGAGCCGGUCCUCCUGACUUUUUUCCUUGGGCACCAGGGUACUUGGGGCCCAAGAAGGUGGGUCUGAGCUCUGCUUGGGUCUCUCAUGGCCGACGGGGCUCAGCUGGCUGCCCACUGCCGCUGCUACAACUCAACACGCCGGGCCUUCAGGUCCAGCCUGGAUGCUUCUAAGGUGACCUCGCUGUCCUUCUCCAGCCUCCAGCUCCAGACAGUUCCAAAAAGUUCACCCUAAGUCCCCCGAAGCCCUCCUGCCCCCCUUCCUCCCUGUGGCCCAGCCCUCGCCCUCGGGGCUGCCCCCAGCACUGGUUGCUGGGCCUCCCACUGACUGGGACUUGGGGAGAAGGGAGAGAAUUGGUGGUGGCCUGCAGCCAUGGAUGGCCAAGCUGCGGAUGAGCUUGGAUGCAGGGUUCAGACAGAUUAAAUGCUGGUGGAGCACCUGUCCUGGCGUCUGUGCAGAGAAUCGGAGGGGAGCGCCUGACUUGGGUCCUUGAAUCAGUGAAGUCUGAGGAACCCCUUACACCAGCGGUUCUCAACCUGUGGGUCGCCACCCCUUUGGGGGUCGAACAACCCUUUCACAGGGGUCGCCUAAGACCAUCGGAAAACACAUAUAUAAUUACAUGUUGUUUUUGUGAUUAAUCGCUAUGUUUUCAU